AUGUUGGAAGGACUCGUCGCCGGCUUGCUCAACCGCUUCCUGGGCAUGUACGUCAAGAACUUCGAUCCCACACAGCUCAAGGUUGGCAUCUGGUCCGGCGACGUCAAGCUGCGAAACCUCGAGCUCCGUCGAGAAGCCCUUGAUCAGCUCAAGUUGCCCAUCAACGUCAUCGAGGGGCAUCUGGGCGAGCUGACCCUCUACAUUCCCUGGUCCAACAUUCGGGGCGCUCCGGUCAAAGUCUUUAUCGAAGACGUAUACUUGCUGGCGAGUCCCAAAGAGGAGGCCGAAUAUGACGAGGAUGAGGAGCAGCGGAGGAAACAGAGGCUCAAGAUGGAGAAGCUGGAGAACGCCGAGCUGCUGAAAGAGCGCAGCAAGGCUGGCAUGAGCCAAGAAGAGCAGAAGAAGAACCAGAGCUUUGCGCAGAGCUUGGCCACCAAGAUCACGGACAAUUUGCAGAUUACAGUCAAGAACAUUCACAUUCGAUACGAAGACUCCAUCUCUGCGCCUGGCCACCCAUUCGCCCUCGGUGUCACGCUUGAACAGUUUAGCGCUGUCAGCGCCGAUGGCCACUGGACGCCGUCCUUCAUCCAAGACUCGACAAAAACGACACACAAGCUCGCAACGCUGGAUUCUUUGGCCGUGUACUGGAACACCGACUCAGAGCUCUUCACCAAUGGCCGCGACCCAAUAUCUCACGAGGACAUGGUCAGCAAGUUUAAGAGUACGCUUGCCAAGGUCCACGUCGUCGACUCGAGCAAUCAGUUCAUUUUGAAGCCUGUCAGCGGACAAGCAAAGAUCGAGCUGGAUAAAUCUGGAGCUAUCGAAGCGCCCAAGUUCAAAGCCACCCUCUUGUUCGACGAGAUUGGUGUUGUAUUAGACGACGACCAGUACCGGGAUUCAUUGAUGAUGGUGGACCUAUUCCACUACUUCAUUCGCCACCAGGAAUAUAAAGCACUGAAACCAAAGGGCGUCACUCCAAAGGAGGAUCCCCGAGCUUGGCUGCUAUUUGCAGGAAAUGCCAUCUUGGGUAAGAUUCAUGAGAGGAACCGUAAGUGGUCUUGGGAUUACUUCAGAGAGCGCCGCGAUGAUCGUAAACGGUAUAUCGAGCUAUUCAAGAAGAAGAAGCAAGGACUUGCUUUCGAAGCCGAAGAAACGGAGACUUUUGAUAAGCUUGAAACGAAGCUUAGCUAUGAAGACCUUAGAUUCUGGCGCUCGUUAGCCCGCAACCAGCUAAAGAAAGAGAAUGCAGCUGCCCUGAGCAAGCAACCUCAGCAACCACAGCAGCAAGGUUGGGUUGCCUGGAUGUGGGGCUCCAAGCCAACGGGGACCAUUGAACAAAACGAGGAGAACACGCAGAUGACGGAAGAGCAGCGUAAAGAGCUGUACGAAAUGAUCGACUGGGAUGAGAAGACUGCCCUCGCCGAAGAAGUUGAUGUCCCACGUGAAGCCGUUAACAUGUGCAUUGAGGCAUCACUCAGAACCGGCAGCUUUACGCUAAAAAAGAGUCCUCACCACAAUACCAUGGAUCUUCUCAGCUUGCACUUUGACGUAUUCAAAGCCAAGGCUCUGCAAAGAAAAGACUCAGUCCUAGCUAGUAUCAGUCUGGGCGGCCUACGCGUCAAUGAUGGCACAACUCCCGACAGUCUUUACCCAGAAAUUGUUCGAGUCAAAGACGCCCAACAGCGCAAGGUCAUCUCGCUUGAGGAACUAGAAACUACUGACGAGGAACCGUUUUUCGAGUUUGAGAUUGAACAGAACCCUCUGGAGCGGGAAGGUGACAUCGCGAUUGUAGGCAAGCUGAAGCCUCUCGAAGUUGUCUGGAACCCCAAUUUCGUUGUGGGGGUUGUUGACUUUUUCCGGCCUCCGGAGAGGCACAUGGAGUCUAUUGCUGCUUUGAUGGAGACUGCCGGUGCUACGGUUGAAGGCCUCCGUGAACAAACGCGAGUAGGCCUGGAGUUUGCACUGGAGGAGCACAAAACUAUCAACGCCGAGCUGGAUCUACAGGCACCGCUCAUCAUCAUUCCAGUUAGCAUCACUACCGAGCGCUCGACGUGUCUUGUUGUAGACGCAGGUCACAUGCACGUCAACAGCCAGCUGGUCGACGAAGAGACAUUAAAAGAGAUCCAAGCCAAACAGCGCCAGUCGUACAACGAAGAGGACUUUAAGCGCCUUGAAUCUGCCAUGUAUGACAGAUUCAUCGUCAAAUUUACUUCAACUCAAGUCCUCAUCGGGCCCUCCAUUGAAGAAGCCAAGUCUCAAUUGACCAGUAAAUCUGGUGGAUCUCCUCUACAUGUAGUGGAAGAGAUCAAUGUCGAUUUUGUGGUGGCAAUGUCAAUUUUACCCAAGGCACCUAACCUCACCAAGCUGAAAGUCUCUGGCCAUCUGCCCAUGUUGCAUGCCACGGUCUCUGAUACCAAGUACAAGAACUUGAUGCAGAUUAUCGACGUUGCAAUACCAAAAUUCGGCAAGGAGACGGAACAAACCGUUGCACCUACUCCUGGAAGACCACCGUCCUCACGGUCUUCACGACCACGGCUGGGCAGCAGUGCUUCUAGCCGAUCGGCGCUCAGGUCGAUGCGUAACCGCCGACAAUCUGCAUUCCCAUUCCUGCAGUCAUCUACGGCAGUCAUCUUGGAGGAUAUUGAUGACGAUGACGACGACGACUUCGAAGAUGCUGAAGACGGGAGUCAUAGCGAGCAGUUCAAGAUGCAGCAGCGGAGCUUCGAGUUCAACUUCAAAGUAGACACUCUAAAGGGCUCGCUUUAUCGAAGCGAUCCAAACAGAGCGAACCCCGAUGCUCUGCUUGUGGAAUUAGUGGCGGAACGCUUUGAUCUAUCCUUCUACACCAGGCCCUAUGACAUGGCAGCGGAAGUUUCCCUUGGGUCGGUAACAGUGGACGAUUUUGUCGAUAACCCGCCGGCUGAAUUCAAAUCUAUCGUGUCUUCUGGCGACCGAGAGGAUCUUCAAGCUGGGCGAAGCCUUGUUCAUGUAAAAUUUGUGCGAGUCAAUCGCCUAUCCCCAGAAUUCAUGCCUGUGUAUGAGGGUGUAGAAACAAACAUUACCACAACCAUAUCUACCAUAAACCUGGUAGUCACCCGGAAGACUCUCCUCACCCUGCUGGACUUUAUUCUCGUCACAUUUACAAGCAACAAUGGCGACGGACAGGCGAGCCAGGCUGCUCCUGCUCAAAUUGGCAAUACCGAAGACGACCUAGCUGUAGGACCCGUCGUUAUUGAAGAGCCGGUACAGAAUGUGAACGCUACGAGCUCGAUCCGCGUCAAGGUGGAGCUGAAGAGUAUACGACUUAUCUUGAAUAACGAUGGUAUCAAGUUGGCAACCCUUUCUUUCAACCACGCUGAUGCCGGUAUCUUCCUUCGAGGUCAGACGAUGCGAAUCUCGGCCAAAUUGGGCGACCUCUCCCUCAUCGACGACGUCAAUCUGGGUGUUUCAGAGGAUUCUCAUCUCCGAAAGCUCGUUACUAUUCAGGGGGAUGACCUUGCUGAUUUCCGAUACGAGACUUUUGAUUCUCAAAAUCCCCAAGCGUACCCUGGAUAUGACAGCUCAAUCUUCCUGCGUGCGGGCUCCGUCAAGGUCAAUUUUGUAGAGGAGCCUUUCCGCAAGAUUAUCGACUUCUUGGUCAAGUUUGGGAAGAUGCAGGCACUGUACAAUGCUGCACGCCAAGUUGCCAUGAAUAGAGCCAACCAGAUACAGCAAAGCCCAAGCAAAAUUAAGUUUGAUGUUGUGGUUAACACGCCGAUUGUCGUCUUUCCGCGCGCCGUCAUUCCUGGUCGCCCCCAGCGUGAUCUCGUCACGGCUUACCUAGGAGAAAUUUAUGCGCAAAAUAAGUUCGUCCCUCUUGAUGACAGCAGCAACGCCAAUGUGGCCAUGAAGAUUUCUACAGGAAUCAGGAACAUUCGCCUUACUUCAAUCUUCCAUUAUGCUGAUGGCAAAUCUGAGGAGUUGGAGAUGAUUGACCACGUCGACCUUGGGUUUAACAUCACCCACGCUGAACAUACCAGUGGCGUGAAACGGCCAGAUACUGAAAUCGAAGGAACAGUAUCUGACAUCAAGCUCCAGAUAAACCAGCACCAACUCAAAUUCUUGAUGGAGAUUUCAAGGGCCGUCCCCGCUGCUUUUGCUGGGGACGGCGAUGCCAACGUGGAGGCCGAACGACUUGUUGACAACCAGACUCUGGAGCGCGCUAAAGCCUCGCCAGCUGAUGACGAUCAGUCUACGAAUGAGCAACCGCUAGUUGAUCUUAGUCCUGAGCUGGGUUCAGCUUCUAGCGUGUGGACCAAGCUGGAUUUUGUAUUCAAUGCGAACACCAUAGGCCUUGAAAUCAUCAUGGCUCCGGACGAAGGGCCAGUCAAAGAUGUAGCCGCCUGCAGCCUUUCACGCUUCUCUCUUGACGAAACUCGAGUCAAGACAAGAAUGAUGUCUGAUGGCUCAAUCGAAGCUGAGCUCCUUAUCCGCUCUUUCACAAUCUACGACAGUCGUCCUAGGGAUACGAACAAGUUCCGCCGAAUCAUGACGUCUUCCAAUAAAGAGGCGCAACAGUUGAUGGCCAGCGUGACAAUAUCUGGUGGGCAAGAGCGUAAUAUCAUUGCGAUAGCCACCAUUGACAGCCCUCGCGUCAUUUUUGCCCUUGAUUAUCUCUUUGCCCUUCAGAAAUUCGCUACCGAAGGAUUGACGACGCCAGAGGAACCAAGUCUGGUGGAAACUGAAAGUAUUCUGAGCUCUCCUGAGGAAUCUGAUACGGAGUCGAUGCAGGUCACAUUCUCGCAGCGACCGUCGAUCAGUUCCCCACGACCUAGCAUGUCUCCAGGAGAAGAAGCGCAGCAGAAUACUCAAACUCCGAUGAACAUCGCCUUCCGAGUCAAUCUUGUAGAUGCUCAAGUCAUCUUAAUCGCUAAUCCCUUGAGCUCCAACUCGGAAGCGAUUGUUCUUGGAAUUCGCCAAGUCCUUCUCUCAAAGCAGCAUGCCCUUACUUUCCAGAUUUCCGAAAUUGGCAUGUUUUUGUGCCGGAUGGAUAGGUUUGAGACUUCUCGCUUGAGGAUUGUUGAUGAUUUCUCAGUCCAAUUGGGCAUGGAUUCUCCGGAUGCGAACUCGACAGACAUCCAUAUUGAAAUUGAGCCACUUAUCCUAAGACUCUCCUUGAGAGAUAUCCUACUUGCGCUCCAGAUUGUGGGAAGGGCAGGAGAACUAUCUGGGAGUGACUCCAAGGAACCAAAAGAGUCAGCUGCCGAUCAGAAGGCCAAGCAACUGCGGUCCAAAGCCAAAUACAAGCGCGGUGAUGCCUCAACGGCAAAGAGUAAUACCAUAAAGACAGCCUCCACUUCGGCGGCUACGAGAGCGGUAGCUCAGAAGCCGUACUCUCCCCCGAAGAAUGAAAAUCUGUCUGCUACUAUUGAUGGUAUUCGAAUCGUGCUAAUUGGCGAUCUCCACGAACUUCCUAUCCUUGAUAUUGGAAUUCAGAAGUUCACUUCGGUCGCCGAAAACUGGUCGUCAAAUCUCAAGGCUGAAGCUGCCAUUGACAUGUACUCCAACGUGUACAAUUUCGCAAAAUCAAGCUGGGAGCCUCUUUUAGAGCCAUGGCAAGUUGGCCUUGGAGUGGCAAAGGAUUCCGUCAGUGGACUUCUCUCCGUCGACGUCGUGUCAAAGAAGACGUUUGAUGUCACAGUUACAACAGCAACAAUUGCAUUGGCUUCCAAGUCAUUUGACUUCUUGACAGGAUCCGAGAAUGUCCUUGACAAGCCUCGAGGCGUUGAAGCCCCAUACAAAAUCAGAAACUACACGGGCUUCAAUGCUGUUAUCCACUCCAAGAGUCCUAUAAGCUCUGAGCCUAUUACACUGCAGCUCGAAGAUGGCCAAGAAGCCCCGUGGAGUUUUGAAAAUUGGGAGAAGAUGCGAGAGAAUAUUCUUGCAGAGUCACAUCAAAACGAUGUUGGCAUUCACCUUGAAGCAAGCGGGUUCGACCUUAUCAAGAAUGUUUGCCUCAACCGCGAGGGUGAAUUUUUAUACAGCCUACGUCCCAAGACCGACAAUGUCUUGCAUAAGCUUUGUGUGGAAGUUAAUCUAGGAGCCGACAAUGUCAAAUAUGUCACGCUUCGAUCCCCGCUCGUCGUCGAGAACGCUACCCAGAUUCCUGUGGAACUCGGUAUUUAUGACGCUCAAGAUGGUCACCUUCUCAAGAUUGAAAAGAUUGCUCCUGGCGAUUCACGACCUGCUCCUGUUGGAGCCGUGUAUGAGAAGAGGGUUCUCGUGAGACCGGACAGUGGAUUCGGAUAUCAGUGGAGCGCGGAGCAGCUCUGGUGGCAGGAUUUGCUGAAGCGCCCGACGAGGCAGCUGGUCUGCAAGGGUGAAAGUGGUGAUCCGUUCUACUUCCAAGCGCACGCGUCGUUUGAUAGGUCGAAUCCCAAUACUGGAUCGUACCCGUACAUGAAGAUUAAGCUGUCUGCACCCGUUACUCUCGAGAAUCUUUUGCCAUAUGACUUCAAAUAUAGAAUCUACGACAAAAACACAAAGAAGGAUUGGUCGAAUUUCCUUCGCAAGGGUGGCGUUAGCCCUGUCCACGUUGUCGAGCUCUCUCAUCUUCUUCUGCUCAAUAUCGACAUGCAAGAUACUGUCUUCAAGCCAAGCGAUUUUGCUAUCAUCAACUCCGGUACAAACGAAGAUUUCCGCAAAGAGUCACGCAUUGUAGUCAAAGACGACCAAGGCCUUUCCCUCAACCUGAGUCUUCACUACCACAAGGUUCCUCAGAGUGGUGGCGCUUUCAAGGUCACAGUAUACAGCCCCUACGUCAUCCUCAACAAGACUGGAUUGGAUCUUACAAUCAGGGCAAAGAGCUUCCUCCAACAGGCAAAAUCGGCUGCUGGUCAAUACCCGCUCAUUGAUACCUCUGAAAAUGGCCGGCCCAAAGCGCUGCCGUUCAUGUUCUCAUUUGGUAGUAGCGAUGAUACCCGCAAUCGAGCUGUGCUCAAGGUAGCAGACUCUGAAUGGAGCAAGCCUCAGAGUUUUGACGCGAUCGGCAGCACGUCUGAAGUCAUACUCUGUCAUUCCUCCAACAGGAGCAAAGAAAUUCACUUGGGUAUAACAAUCCAAUCUGGCGAAGGAAAAUACAAGAUGACAAAGGUUGUCACGCUCGCGCCACGCUUUGUGCUCAAGAACAAGCUGGAUGAAGAGAUUUUGAUUCGAGAAUCUAGUUCGUCGGGCUACAUGACACUCGCGCCUGGUGCUCUGCAACCGCUUCACUUCAUGCAAAAUUCUACGGUCAAGCAGCUGUGCCUCUGCUUCCCGGGAAUGAAUAAUCAAUGGACGUCUCCUUUCAAUAUUGCUGACAUUGGAGUUACUCACGUCAAAAUUGCCAAGGCAGGCCAGCGUCAACGCCUCAUUAGAACAGAGAUUCUUUUAGAAGACUCGACUAUAUUCCUGCACUUUAGUGCUGAGACAAAGAACUGGCCUUUUUCGAUGAGAAACGAGAGCGAUACCGAGUUCACGUUUUAUCAAGCAAACCCCAACGUUGAAGAAGACGAUGUAGAAGACCGAAGCGGCUGGAAACCUAUCCGAUAUCGCCUGCCACCUAGGAGUAUCAUGCCUUAUGCGUGGGAUUUCCCAGCGGCUAAGUUCCGAGAGGUGGUCAUUGCUACGGCUGGCAAGGAGCGGCACGUCAAACUGGCAGAGAUUGGCAAUCAGUUCCCAAUGAAGUUUACAAGUCAGAAUGGCACUCAGAAGAUCAUUGAUAUCAAUGUUGCUGCAGACGGGCCCACGCAGACGCUCAUUUUGAGCAACUUCCGUCCAAGCCAAAGUUUGUACAGACAAAAGACCCUGUCGAGAACGAAUACUGGACCCGAAGCUUUUGAAGUCAAAGAUCAGAAUACCGGCGCGACGUUUAUGGCUCAGCUUAAACUGUCUGGCGUGGGCAUUUCUUUUAUCAACUCUCAACUGAAAGAGCUUGCUUAUAUCACGUUCAGGGAUGUUCAGUUGCGCUUCUCAGACUCGCCAGUGGUUCAGACUGUGUCGUUGGCCAUCAAGUGGAUACAGAUUGAUAAUCAGUUGUAUGGAGGACUGUUCCCGAUGGUAUUAUACCCCAGCGUGGUGCCUCAAAAAGCACAAGAGAUUGAGGCUCAUCCAUCGCUGCACGCCAUGGUAAGCCGAGUGAAGGACGACUCGUACGGUGUGCUCUACAUCAAGUACGCAAGUAUUCUACUGCAGCAAAUGACGAUUGAUCUCGACGAAGACUUUGUGUUUGCUCUCUUGGACUUUUCGAACAUUCCUGGAGCCAGCUGGAGUACGGAGGAAGAAGAAGGCAAGCUUUGCGAUGAAGAUUUGGACAUUCCAGAGCCGAGUGAGCGAGAAUCUGGCCAGGACAUUUAUUUUGAAGUUUUGAACAUCCAACCGAUGCAAGUGGAUCUCAGCUUUAUGCGUACCGAGCGCAUCAAUGUUGAGGACAAAACUUCUACUCACAAUCCGCUCAUGUUCUUCAUGAACGUGAUGACGAUGGCUAUUGGUAAUGUCAACGAUGCGCCGGUGCGAUUUAAUGCACUCAUACUAGAAAAUGUGCGGGUGUCCACACAGGUGCUUAUCCAAAACAUUUCCAACCACUACAGCCAAGAAGUCAUGUACCAGGUUCACAAGAUUCUGGGCUCUGCCGAUUUCUUGGGUAAUCCGGUAGGCUUAUUCAACAACAUCUCGUCAGGAGUGAACGACAUCUUCUAUGAGCCAUACCAGGGUCUUAUCCUUUCCGAUAGGCCCGAAGAAUUCGGCAUGGGCAUCGCAAAGGGUGCUGCGUCGUUUGCCAAGAAGACUGUUUUUGGAUUUUCCGACAGUUUCUCCAAGUUUACUGGUAGUUUGAGCAAGGGCCUUGCCGCAGCGUCCCUGGAUAAACAGUUCCAGGACCGACGACGAAUUACCAGGGCAAGGAACAGGCCGAAGCAUGCAUUGUAUGGUGUGGCGGCUGGCGCAAACAGCUUGUUUACGAGUGUGGCAUCUGGAGUCGGUGGGUUGGCACUCAAGCCUCUGGAAGGUGCUGAGCAGGGAGGUGCUUUGGGCUUCUUCAAGGGCGUCGGCAAGGGUGUGCUGGGAUUGGCAACCAAGCCGGCAGUGGGCAUUCUCGACAUGGCCAGCAAUGUCAGUGAAGGCAUCCGCAACACCACGACGGUAUUUGAUGGGAAUGAACUGGAACGCACACGACACCCUCGUUUCGUACCCAGCGAUGGAGUCGUGAGACCUUAUAGCUCCAGAGAAGCACUUGGACAGUACUGGCUGAAACAGGUGGACAACGGGCGAUACUUUGACGAGCAGUACAUUGGGCAUCUCGAACUGCCCAAGGAAGACAUGGUCGUGAUGGUGACAUUUUCGCGUAUUCUGCUGAUUCGAUCUCGGCGACUGACCAGCGAGUGGGACGUACCGCUAAAGGACGUUCAGACGAUUGCAAAGGAGCGCACGGGUAUCAGUCUGUCUCUGAGGGAUGGGGCGAAUGGGCCGUUUAUUCCCGUGGGAGGAGGUAGUGAGAGGAGCUUCUUGUAUAAGAUGCUUGGGGUGGCUGUGGAGGAGUUUAAUAGGAGGUUUAGGGGGAGUGAGAGGUGA